AUGGCUAGCUAUGUCAGCGGCAAUACGACUGGAGAGUACCCGAUCUACCUGAACAGACCAUGGAUGAACCAUUCGAAAAACACGUUGUCAGCUUGGACCAUCACUGUCACGGCAGAACGCGGUGCCAUCCUCAUCGCAGUGCUUGCACUCCUGGUAAGGGUGGCGGGCGAGUCGCUGUGGACUAUCAUAGCAUGUGCUUUGCAUCAGUAUCGCGCUCGGAGCGGGCCCGAAACGGCCGUCUUUCGCCAGUUACAAGUCAUCCUUCGAAAUGCUGGCAGUUCCGUUGCAAGCGUGCUUGAGAUCGUCAAUACGGGCUGGGCAUCUCGAAAGAAUUCCCCACAGGCAUUCUCGAAAGCAGUAGUGCUCGCGCUGUUUCCGCUCUCCGUUGUUCUCUCGUUCACUGCGGCCGGUAUCCUGGUUGCGAAGGUUGCCGUGCCAGCAUACCAGAGCAAUCAAGUGCUGCUCAAACCAACUGCCUGCGGCCUGACCGCUUACACCGCACCCGGCACCUUCUUCCGUCACCAAAGCAAACCUUCAGAUGAUAUCCGCCAAAGUCGAGCAUACGUCGAUCGGUGCUUUGGCAGACCCAAUGGGACCUCGGGCUGCUCGCAACUCCCAAUACAGCAGCUGCCGUACGAAGCUGACACAUCCGCGAGCUGCCCAUUCGCCGGACUGUGCACCCUAGGUGACAACGGUGCAAUGCGCAUGGACACGGGACUGCUGGACUCGCACGUCCACCUGGGGGUCAAUGCGAAGGAGGAAGACCGCGUUGGGUUUCAAAUCGUGUCGACUUGCUCUGUUCUUGCAGAUUUUGAUUUUCAGGAACUUGUUCGAAAUCCAUACGACGAAUUGCCCGCCAUUCAAGCUGUCAUACGCGCAAAUUUGGGCAGUGUGGGAUCGCAGAACUUCACUUGGGAAUACAAUAUCGUGCAGGCUACGCAGUCCAUUGCGUACACGAUACAUCCUUUCUGGCACAAUGCCGGCAGUAAAAUCACCUGGCAACCAAUCGAUGAGCUCAAAUUCGAUGAUGCAGAUACUACAGUUGCGUUUCUCGCCGCCAACAAGGUCUUAUACACCGAGCCCGUCUUCGAUCCCAUGUUUUCAGCCAAUGGUACAUACCCAAUCAAGGGCACAUUGGACAAUCAAACCUACUUGGAGCCAGAUCACUACUUCACGACUGUCGCUUGUACAGAUCAGCUCCGACUUUGCAACUCAGCAACCGGCAAAUGCUCCCCACUGGACGGCAUGACCACGAUUCGCUUCGACCCGCUCGAGCUAAAUGAUAAGCAGAUUGCAACUGUAGAAAGGAUCAUCUACGCUCGUUGGGCCUCGCAUAUCUACACAGUCAUCUACCCGCAAGGUCCGUCGGCAGUCUCCGCAUACGAUCAGAUAUACGAGAGAUACUCCGGCCCUCUACCCGACAAUCAGUGGCAGAAAGAAGUCGAAGGAUGGUAUCAGACCGCGCUCGCAAACUUGCAAUUCCGAAUCGCAGAAAUGCCAAAUCAUAAAUGGGGCGAGAUGGACAAGGAUUCGCCUUUCUACACACCAGUCGGGUCGCUCAACUACACUGGCGCCCAAGCAAUGAAAGAUCUAUGUCACCAACAACUCAUGCGAAGUACGGCGCAAUACCAGUCGUUCUCGAUGGCAGGCCUGCUCAUCGUCAUUAUCGUCAGCUGCAUCAUCAUACUUACAUCCUGGGUCAUCGACACGUGCGUCGGCAUUCAGAAGAAUCGUCGACCCGGUGGUGACAAGAGACACAAACGUCUCGCAUGGAUCGCGGACGGCAAGCUUCAGCUCCUUCGUAUGGCUCUGCACAAUGGUGGUCACGCAGAGUGGUCAAAUGAGGAUAAGGUGACGCCAAUUGGGUCUCCCGCUGAUCAGAAGAAUAUUGCACCCGUUGUGGAACGUGUUGAUGCUUCUGGCGAGACACGUAUUCACUAUGAUGCUGAUACUUAUGGCCAUGGGGCUGUUCGGUAUACUGCGUACUCGCCACCCAAAGUCGAGCAAGACGAGGCUGCCUACAGGAGAGGGCAAGCAGGCAUGGAAGAGACAGCACGACUGGAAACGAUGCACGAUACUCAGUACUAUCGUAAUCAGUCUGCAACAGGAGGCCAUGAAGGGCUGGUAGAGAGUGCUGCUCCGUUGUUACCGCCACGAAAGCCAGUACCACGGAUGUGA